GCGGCGGUUGGGCGGCUGAGGCGGGGAGCGCGGCUCUCCGCGCCUCAGGGGCCUCCGGCGGCAGCGGCGUCUCGGUCUCUCCGCUCCGAUCCGUCCCGUCCCGUCCCUCGCGGUUUACCUGUCCUGCCGCCUGGGAGAGACCGCGGCGAGGCCAGGAGCAGCCGCCGACCCCGUGCGCCAGGUCCGAACGCCCGGUCCAGCCCGGGUCUCGGGUCAGGUAAAGGGAGCUGGAGGUUUGUUUAACGGGAGAUACGAGUCCUCUCUAGAGACCUCCCGGGCUACGGCAGCGAAAAGUGCAGGGGGGAAACCUGGAGACUAAAACUCGCCUCAGGAGUCCACCCGGCUUGCGGUGAGGCAGGAGGCAGGCGUUACAGAAGAGCAGGCAGUGCCUCGAAGGAGCACCAUCGCUGCAUCUUCAGUGUACUGGCUUCCAAAGCAAAAAAGUGACUCACUCUAUUUUGGGAGGCUUCUCGGCUGUGGUCCUCUGCUCUGAGUGAGAUCCACCGUGGGCAAGAUUUAAGAUAAGCUCUCCCUGCCUUUUCAUAUCUUCACCGUGACUAGGCACAGGUUGCCAGCUCCAUGCAGGCUUCAUAAUUUACUCAUAUUGGUCUUCUUAUCUGUUACAGGUCCUCCUACUAAAACCUUUAGACAUUUUGUCUGGAACAGUUGGAUUGUAAAUCAAAUACUGACUUGGCUGAUGUUUGCCUAAAUCACAUAUCUUAAAAUGCAAUCACAAAUUGGAGACUGGGACAAAGGCCUUGGAAGGGAGGUUGUUCCACAAGAGGCGUCAGGGGAAUCUCUGAACGACACCAGAAAUGAAGAUGCCCAAACAGAAAAUGAAGGCAAUUCUGUCAACACAGUGUACAGACUACAAGUGCAACUAGAAGGUGCAGAGCAAGAAUCUGAAGAGAAGACUAUUGAAAAAGUAAUUAAUCAAAGGCAGUCUAAAGACAGCUUGAAUGAGUAUAGCACUGGAGACAGCUUCCGAAGAGUGCAAAAGGAUGUUAAAACUCAAGAGAAAGCCAUCAACUGUAUGUCCAGAGAAGAUCAACAGAGUGAACAAAAGUCAGAUGGUGAUCACAAAUCAGUAACCAGCUCAUUCAAUCAAAGGGCAGAAGAAAAGAGGGGCUGUGUAAGAAUGACAAAAAAGAUUCUGCAAGACAUCUGUAAACAGCAGAAAUUAUACUUGACCCCAUACUUAAAUGAUACACUUUACUUGCAUUAUAAAGGAUUUGACCGCCUGGAGAAUCUUGAAGAGUAUACUGGAUUGAAGUGUUUAUGGCUGGAAUGCAAUGGCUUAACAAAAAUUGAGAAUUUGGAGGCUCUGACAGAGUUGCGUUGCCUCUACCUGCAACUCAAUUUAAUUAACAAAAUUGAAAACCUUGAACCCUUACAAAAGCUGGAUUCCCUCAAUAUCAGUAACAACUACAUUAAGACCAUUGAGAAUCUCUCAUGUCUGAAGGUCCUGCAGACUCUGCAGAUUGCUCACAAUAAGUUACAAACAGUGGAAGACAUACAGCACUUGCAAGAAUGCCCAAGUAUUUCUGUUCUCGAUCUUUCCCACAACAAUCUAAGUGACCCAAGUAUCAUAAAUAUUCUGGAGACCAUGCCUAAUUUGCAUGUGCUGAAUUUGAUGGGAAAUCAAGUGAUAAAGAAAAUUGCUAAUUAUAGAAAAACACUUAUUGUUCGACUAAAACUACUGACAUAUCUGGAUGACAGACCAGUUUUCCCAAAGGAUAGAGCCUGUGCAGAAGCCUGGGCCACUGGAGGGCUUGAAGCUGAGAAAGCAGAAAGGGAAAAAUGGGAAACCAGAGAGAGAAAAAAAAUCCAAGAUAGCAUUGAUGCUUUAGCAGCAAUCAGGCAAAAAGCAGAGGAAAAGCGAAGACGAAAGUAUAUGGAAGAAAGAGAUGCAAGUGCAAAAUGUGGAAAUGGAGAUGCAACAGACAUCCUAGAAGGAGCACCUGCAAAUUCAGAUGACAGUGAUGGAAAUUCUAAUACAUCAGAGACUUCAAAUAUAUCAGAAGAGGAAGAAACUCAAGAGAAGACUGAGAAAUUUAGAAGUGAAAGCUUUGAUGCUCAUGAUGAAGUGGUAACACUUCUACCAAAUAGGGGAGAUAACACAGAUUUCAUGUCUGGAAAUAUUCCUGCUAGAAUUCAAGAGGAUGCACAAGAAUCAAACUCUUACAAACACUCAAACUUCAACAAUAAGACAGACGAUCUGCCAAGAGAGAAGGCAGCUACUAAAAAAGCCGUGCUUGCUGAACUCAAUGAUUAUGCUGAAACUGAACAGAUCAAACUGGAGACACCGGAGAAACUUUAUCUUGACGAACUGCCUGAUUUAGAAGAUAUAGAUGUAAAUGAAUUUACCCCAGAAGAGGAAAUCUUUGUUCAAAAGCAGGAAUAUCACCCAAAGAUUGAAAUAAUUUCUGAAAUGACAAAUGACAGUGAUUCUGCAUUAGAGGAAAACAAUAAAGGCACAUUUGAGAAUUCAGUAGGAGAAGAAGUUCCAACAGCAAUUUUUUCAAAUGUGUAUAAGAUACAUAAAGAGCAUGAAAAGGAGCACUUAAGGCCCCUUGUUGAAAGCUUCUUUACAGAGCCUGCUAAUUCAGAAAGAUACCUGGAGACCAAAGAUAAACAAGCAACCCCCUCAAAACCCUUGAUACAAGAGGUUAUCACUGAGCCCAAGGAUAAUCUACUGUGGUCACCAAUCUGCAAUCGACCAGAUGACCCAAGCCCCUGGGAAGAGGAUGGGAAUGGCAGCGAUGGAGAAGUACAGUGCCUGGUUGAGGGUGAAGGAUGUCCUCACAAAGCACAAGAUGACGAGGACAGUGAGAGUAGAUUAGAUUAAUCACUUUGAAAAACCCAGACCAAAUCUGGAGCACAGUGCCUGGCUGACUGCAUGUGGUUAUUCUCAAAAUGCAGAGCUCAGCGAUGGGACCGUUAGUUACAACUGACGUAACACUGUGAUAUAAAAACCACCACCUUCAACAGGAAGACUUAGCGUUUCAGUCAGUCAGAGGCUGCUGCGGCCUCCAGCAUCUGACCUUCGGGGCAGAACUGUUGGUUGUGUCAGUGUGAGAGAAGCCCAUAAUCCUCUCUAACCCGCAGGCAGCAACUGCCAUGUGCUCCCACUGCCAAAGCUGCUGGAGAUGCCUUGGCUCCAAGCUCUUCAGGGCAGCUCGCAGCGUUCACUACUCUGAAAGCGAGGGCACUACUGUUUUAAGGUUAAAUUCCACUCUUGUGUCAUUUUUUCCCUUGCAACCUUCUAGAAAUUACUUAGUUAAAUGUUCCAUUACAUUCAUAGUUUCAAUGCAAUUGUUAACAGGUUUCUGCCAUUUGAACUAAAUAAAGAUUCUACUUGUAAC